AUGUGUGGUGAGGCAUUGGUGAGCUGCCUUAACUUUUCAGAAGCUGAAGGAAAGCUGCAUGGAAUUGGUCUUAGUCCUCAGGGACCUACGGUGCAUCACCUCUUAUUUGCGGACGACAGUUUACUCAUGUGCAAAGCAGCAUCGGAGGAAGCCGCAGAGAUAAUUCGAUGCCUGAAACUAUACGGUGACGCCUCUGGCCAGCUAAUCAAUAGCUCCAAGUCGUCUAUUAUUUUUGGAUCAAAGGUCCCUGACUCAACUAAACUGGAGGUGAAGCGCGUCUUGCGUAUCGAGAAAGAAGGUGGAGAAGGUACCUACUUAGGUUUACCAGAGUGCUUUAGUGGCUCCAAACGGAAGAUGCUUCACUUCAUACAAGAAAAGCUUCAGAAACGGACGACGGGUUGGUUUGCACAAGCUCUUUCCCAGGGAGGAAAAGAAAUUCUCUUAAAGGCUGUUGGUCUUGCACUCCCUGUGUUUGCCAUGUCGUGUUUCUGCUUGCCAAAGGGUCUAUGUGAAAAGCUGACAAGCAUCAUGACUGAAUUCUGGUGGAGUAGUGGGAAUGACCGUAACAAGAUCCCUUGGGUCGCGUGUAAGUCCAAGGAGAAUGGUGGUCUCGGGUUUCAUGACAUUGGACGUUUUAACCAGGCUUUGCUGGGUAAGGAAGCAUGGAGAAUAUGGAGCAGGCCGGAGUCAUUGGUAGCACGCAUCCUCAAACACCGGUAUUUCAGACAUGGUUCCUUCUUUCAUUGUGCUGUUGGUAGACGUCCGUCCUAUGCGUGGCGUAGCAUUUUGUUUGGAAGAGAUCUGCUAUUACAAGGGAUGGUGAAAGUCAUUGGUAAUGGUAAAGACACAAAGGUUUGGGUGGAUAAUUGGAUUACAGAUGAUUGCUCUAGGCCCCCGAUGUAUAACCCAAAUGCUACUAUAGAUUUGACAUUAGUGGUCUCCGACCUCCUUGAUGAACAUACAGGUCGGUGGAGAGAGAACCUAAUACGCCAAUACUUUGUAGCAGAGGAUGCCACUCGUAUUUUGCAGAUAAAGCCGUCUCUUGGACAUGAAGACAAAUGGAGGUGGGGCUUUUCUAAAGAUGGCAACUACACUUCCAAAAGUGGUUAUCUCUUGCUGGAUUCCUUAUAUGAGCUGCAGGAGGAGCAUCCACAAACCUUGCCCCAAAUGAGAAGAAACUUUGGAGGAACAUUUGGAAGAUUAAAGCUCCCCUCAAGCUUAAGCAUUUUGUAUGGAGAGCACUCGCAGAGAAGAUAUGAGCCAGCGGAGAUAGUUUCCAAAGCUUUGGACGAGGCUGAUAUUUGGCGGAGAGUUCAUUACCAUGAUCAAAACCAGCAACAAAAUAUGAUCUCUCGAAUGGCGCUGGUAAGCACUUGGAAGAAACCUCCGAAUAAUAUGUUGAAAUGCAAUAUUGGUGUGUCUUGGGUUGGGCCGAACAGAAACUGUGGAGUGUCAUGGGUACUGAGGGACUCGAAGGACUGCCCUCUGGUCCACAGUCGAAGCUCUUAUGCAUCUGUUCCCUCGGCCACAGUUGCGGAGCUACUCGGUAUCCUUUGGGCAGUGGAAUCCAUGAGAGAUAUGCACAGAACAAACAUCAUUUUUGAGUCGUCGCUGCUGUUGGCUAAAAAAGCUCUUAUGCAGCCUUCAGGUUAUGUGUAUUGCCGGAACUUAAUGAUACAAAUAAACCGUAUAUUCAAUUGA